UCCGGGAGCUCAGGCCGGGCGGACCGCGCGCCCCCACCGCUCUGCCCCCAAAGUUCAGCUCCCUCCGUAUUUCGAGUCAGCGAAUCUAUUCCUUGAAAUCAAAAACUACACCGCGAUCCGGAGAAGGAGUCCGCGGAGGAAUAAAACAACAGCUGAAAAAGCUCCAGCUACCAGCCUCCCCAGAGCCACAACUCCGCGUCGGGAGUCCAGAAACCAACAAGUGAGAAGGCUCAGCGUUCUCGGGGCGCAGCCGCGGGCGGCAGGAGCAGGCGCAGGAGGAGGAAGUGAGCGCCCCCGAACCCCCAAGACCUCGAGGAUCUCGCUGCGGCUGCUUGGCUUCGGAUCUCUGUGCGCGGGCUGCGCCGAUUGCUGUGCAGGAGGCUCCAUUUCCCCCCGGUUGCAAGCGGCGGCCGAGAGAAGCCGGUCCCCAGGGAAUAUGCGGCGCGCGUGGAUCCUACUCACCUUGGGCUUGGUGGCCUGCGUGUCUGCGGAGUCGAGAGCAGAGCUGACAUCUGAUAAAGACAUGUACCUUGACAACAGCUCCAUUGAAGAAGCUUCAGGAGUGUACCCCAUUGACGACGAUGACUAUGCUUCUGCCUCUGGCUCGGGAACUGAUGAGGAUGUUGAGAGUCCAGAGAUGACAACAUCUCGAACACUUCCAAAGAUACCAUUCACUAGUGCUGCUCCCAAAGUGGAAACUACAACACUGAAAAUUCAGAACAAGAUACCUGCUCAGACAAAGUCACCUGAAGAAAUUGAUAAAGUCCACGUGUCUGACUCAGAAAGGAAAGUGGAUCCAGCAGAAGAAGACACAAAUGUGUACACUGAGAAGCACUCAGACAAUCUGUUUAAACGGAAAGAAGUCCUGGCAGCUGUCAUUGCCGGUGGAGUUAUUGGCUUUCUCUUUGCAAUUUUCCUUAUCCUGCUGUUGGUGUAUCGCAUGAGGAAGAAGGAUGAAGGUAGCUAUGACCUCGGAGAACGCAAACCAUCGAGUGCUGCUUAUCAGAAGGCACCUACUAAGGAGUUUUAUGCGUAAAACUCCUACUUAGUGUCUCUAUUUAUGAGAUCACUGAACUUUUAAAAAUAAAGCUUUUGCAUAGAAUAAUGAAGAUCUUUGUUUUUUGUUUUUUUCAUUAAAGAGCCAUUCUGGCACCUUAAUGAUAAAUCCCAUUGUAUUUAAAAUUUUUCAUGUAUUUCUUUAGAACCACAUAAAAUGAAAAAUUUAACAUCUGCAGUGUUCUGUGAAUAGCAGUGGCAAAAUAUUAUGUUAUGAAAACCCUCAAUGUUCAUGGAAUCGUUGGAAACCCAUAUGUGCAAAUACGAAGUGAUUGUUUUUUCCCCAAGGUUCGAAGAUGAAAGCUGUUUGGUUUUUGUCGGCAUGUCUCAGAUUGACCUCACGGAGUUGGACUUCAUUAAUUUAUCUGUUGUUGCUCUCCUUUCCUCUGUCCCCCUUCACCCUUCAUCCCCUUAAAAAACAAAACUCUAUGCCUUUUGUAGCUGUCAUGGUGCAAUUUGUCUUUGGAUAAUUCAGAUCAUGGUAAUUUAGUGUAUAUGUGAUUUCCAAGUAUGUAAACUUUAACCUCUACUUUGUAUAAAUUUUUAAGUGUCAGACUAUCCAUUUUACACUUGCUUUGUUUUUCAUUACCUGUAGCUUCGGGCAGAUUUGCAACAGCAAAUUAAUGUGUAAAAUUGGAUUCUUACCACAAAGCUGUUUAGUCCUAUCUAUCUAAUCAGAUCUCCUUUCUGGGGGAUUUGAUGUGAGUUACUGACAAGCCUCAGCAAACCCAAAGAUGCUAACAGUAUUUUGAAAAGUUGCUGCAGAUUCCUUUGGCCACUGUAUUUGUUAAUUUCUUGCAAUUUGAAAGGUACCAGUUGAGGUUUAAAGAAAAAAUCAGUUUUUGUUCUUAAAAAUGCAUUUUAAAGUUGUAAAUGUCUUUUUAAGCCUUUGAAGUGCCUAUGAUUCUAUGUAACUCGUCGCAGACUGGUGUUAAUGAGUAUAUAUAACAGUUUAAAAAAAAGUUGGUAUUUUAUAAGCACAGACAAUUCUAAUGGUAACUUUUGUAGUCUUACAAAUAGACAUAAAUUGUAAUUUGGGAACAUAAAAACUACUGAAUAAAUCAUGUGGCCUAAUAUUGAAAA